AUGUUGCUAAGGGCCAGCCCCAGGCAGUUUCUGGAGCACCAUCUUCUCUUUGUGGAGAACGCAGAGCAGCAGCACCCGGCUCAGAACUUGCUUCCGAAUCCAUUCAUGACUGAGGAACCCUCUGUCCCAGCCAAGCCAGACCUGCCGUCCUCUAACCUCACCAACGUGACGGACUGCGGCGAGGAGAUCCUGCUCUAUGGGGACACUGAGAAGAUCGUCAUCGGAGCGGUGCUCUCCAUCAUCAUCCUUAUGACGAUCGCUGGCAACGGUCUGGUCAUCAUCUCCGUAUGCAUCGUCAAGAAGCUCCGGCAGCCCUCCAACUACCUGGUGGUGUCCCUCGCAGCCGCCGACCUGUCGGUGGCCUUUGCUGUCAUGCCCUUCGUGACCAUCACAGACUUGGUGGGGGGAGAGUGGCUCUUUGGGAAGGUUUUUUGCAAUGUGUUUAUCGCUAUGGACGUUAUGUGUUGCACCGCCUCCAUCAUGACCUUGUGCAUCAUCAGUGUGGACAGGUAUCUGGGAAUCACUCGGCCGCUGACAUACCCCGUGAGACAAAAUGGGAAGCUGAUGGCCAAGAUGGUCUUCAUCGUUUGGCUCCUGUCUGCCUCCAUCACCCUUCCUCCUCUUUUUGGCUGGGCCAAGAACGUCACUGUGGAAAGAGUCUGUCUCAUCAGCCAGGACUUUGGGUACACAGUGUACUCCACGGGGGUUGCCUUCUACAUCCCCAUGGCGGUCAUGCUCGUCAUGUACAGCCGGAUCUACAAAGCCGCCAAGGUCAGCGCCGAGAAGCACCGCUUCAUGAACUUCCCCAAGCACUACGAAGAGGAGGGCGUCUACUGCCUGGAGGCCUCCAGCCGGAGCCACCACAGCUCCAAGCGUACCAAAGCGGUGGAGGAAUGUGCCACGCUCUCCAAACUGCUCCGGCAAGACCGAAAGAAUAUUUCCAUCUUCAAACGGGAGCAGAAAGCAGCCAGGACCCUCGGCAUUAUCGUGGGGGCAUUCACGUUUUGCUGGCUUCCGUUCUUCCUGAUGUCAACGGCUCGGCCUUUCAUCUGCGGCAUCCGCUGCAGCUGCAUGCCCCUGCGGCUGGAGAGGACUCUGCUCUGGCUGGGAUACACCAACUCCCUCAUCAACCCCUUGAUUUAUGCUUUCUUUAACCGAGACUUGAGGACUACUUUCUGGAACCUCCUGAGAUGCAGGUAUAGGAACAUCAACAGGAGGCUCUCCGCAGCCAGCAUGCACGAGGCCCUGAAAGCCACAGAGAGGCAUGAAUGCAUCCUGUAG